AUGACGGACGCCACGGUCGCGGCGGGAGUGACGGCGAUCGUCGACCCGCUGCUUCGCGCCGUCGUUUGCGCCCCCGUCGACCCCGCGCACUACCCGCUACUGCAGCCCGCCACCUACGCGAUUUCCGCUGCUGCUGCCCGUCGCCCGUCCCGUCGCGCUGCCGCCCGUCACCAGAUCCGUGCCGCCCGUCGCCAGAUUCCCGCCACCCGUCCGCACACCGUCGCCCGUCGCCCUGCUUCCCGUCGCCCCAGCCGCUCCUUAUCCCGCCGUCGCCCUGCCCGUCGCAUUACCCCCGCCCCCUGCCCGUCACCACCCCCCGUCGUGCUUGUUCGCGUGUGCAGCGACGGUCGCUGUGGGGAGGCCGCCCCCUGGAACCGCACUCCCUCCACCCCUGUAUUCCUCCAUACCUCUCCCAACCCACGAUGGUCCCUGUACAGUCUUUCACAAGUGGGCUGCUGGGCACAGGUGGGGCUGCUGGUCACAGGUGGGGCUGCUGGUCACAGGUGGGGCUGCUGGUCACAGGUGGGGCUGCUGGUCACAGGUGGGGCUGCUGGUCACAGGUGGGGCUGCUGGUCACAGGUGGGGUUGCUGGUGCUGGUGCUGGCGGCUGGCGCUGGUGCUGGUUCCUGGUGCUGGCGGCUGGCGCUGGGGCUGGUUCCUGGUGCUGGCAGCUGGCGCUGGGGCUGGUUCCUGGUGCUGGCGGCUGGCGCUGGGGCUGGUUCCUGGUGCUGGCGGCUGGCGCUGGGGCUGGUUCCUGGUGCUGGCGGCUGGCGCUGGUGCUGGUUCCUGGUGCUGGCGGCUGGCGCUGGGGCUGGUUCCUGGUGCUGGCGGCUAGCGCUGGGGCUGGUUCCUGGUGCUGGCGGCUGGCGCUGGGGCUGGUUCCUGGUGCUGGCGGCUGGCGCUGGGGCUGGUGCCUGGUGCUGGCGGCUGGUGCUGGUGCUGGUUCCUGGUGCUGGCAGCUGGCGCUGGUGCUGGUUCCGCCGCCACUCCCUUCCCCUCCUCUCUCUCCUUUCCACAGCGUCCCGCCGCCACUCCCUUCCCCUCCUCUCUCUCCUUUCCACAGCGUCCCGCCGCCACUCCCUUCCCAUCCUCCCUCUCCUCCCCAUGGCGACCGCCGCUGCACACGCAAACAGUCGCGACGGGGGGGGGGGGUGA